AUGUUCACCAAUGGUAUACCAUUGGCACACAUUGAUAAUGAAAACGAUUCGAAAUUGCAUACAUUAGUUCUUCGUAAUGAUUUUAAUUCGAAUAAACCCUUUAAAGCAGUCAAAGUUGUUCGUCGAGAUAAUGAAGAUGUUCCUGAAGAUUCAAAUGGAGAUGCGAACUUCACCUCAGAUCAACGUCAAUUUCAGAAUGAGACGUUAUCAGCACAUCAUUUCUAUCGUGCUCGUCAUUGUGCUCAACCUCUUCAACUUAAUGAUACACUUAGUCGUUCGGCUCAAGACUUUGCUCAACAGCUUGCUGAUACGAAUCAAUUUCAUCAUAGUGGAACUGAAGGUGUCGGUGAAAAUCUAUACAUGGCAAGUAAUUCAAAUGGUAUCAAAAUUAAUGGAUCUGCAGCAGUGACUGCUUGGUACAAUGAAAUUAAAGACUACAAUUUCAAUAAUGGAAGCUUCUCAAUGGCUACAGGUCACUUUACACAAGUUGUGUGGAUCAAAACGCGAAGUAUUGGUGUGGGUAUUGCUUAUGGAAAUGAAGAUACUUCUGUCUAUGUUGUUGUUCGAUAUUCACCUCCGGGCAAUUAUGAAGGUCAAUAUCAAGAAAAUGUUCGUCCAGAAGGCAGUUGCUAA